AUGUUAAGUUGCAAAAAAAAUUUUUUUGAGAAAAAUUGUUUAAAAUAUUUAAGUUUUCUUUACAAUAUAAAGAGUUAUCAUGCAAGUAAUAAAAAAUCAGUUAAUAAAAUAUACACACAAAAAAAAAUAAUUAAAAGGGAUAAACUAUUAGGUAAUGUUAAGCCAUUUAUAAAUGAAAAAUAUGAUAAACCAGAACCAACAGUAAUAGCUUAUUAUUUAAAUAAUUCUUUAAAUUUAAAUAUUUUAAAAAAUGCAUAUGAAAAUGUUGGUUCAAAGGUUUUAUAUAAAGAACCAUAUUUAUAUGUUGAAAGUUGUGAAUAUUUUGAACAACAAAAUAGUUCCGCAGUGUUUUUUAAAAAUGGUUGUAUUGUAAUAUGGAAUAUGAAUAAAAAAAAUAUAAAAAAAUUUUUAAAUUUUUGUAAAAAUUAUUUAAAAUUAGAUGAUAACAUAGAAACUUACGAUUUUGAAGAAUUAGAAGUACAAAAUGUGAAUAAUAAAAGUUAUGUAAAUAAUUCUAUCAUUUAUUUAACUAACAACAAUAAUAGAACUACCGACAAAAUUUCUUUUUCAUUUGGACUUUUAAGUGCUGUUAGGUUAAAUAAUCUAGAAAAGAAAAUUGAAAAUAAAUUAUUAUUAGAAAAUAAUAAUAUAGAUAUUUUAAAAAAAAAAAUUAAAUCAAGCAAUUUAGAUUUAUUAUCAAAACAAUUAUUUUCUUCAAAAAUUACUUUACAUAAUUUAAGAUAUGAACUAAAUAUUGAGCAAGAUAUUCUAGAUGUUCCAGAAUCUUUAUGGGAAUUAGAAUAUCAGAAAAAAUUAUUUUUAAAUAUUCUAAAUAUUUUUGAUAUAAAACAAAGAGUUGAUUUAUUAAAUCAUAGAUUAGGUUGGACUUUUGAUUAUUUAAAUUCUUUCCUAGAUUAUGUUAAUCAAAAACAUUCUUCAAGAUUAGAAAGAAUUAUUAUCAUAAUUAUUGGCUUAGAGUUAAUCUUAGGUAUUAUGCAAAUGAUUAAAACAUUUGAAUUAUAA